UCGGGAAUCAUACCGCCAAUUAGUGUGCAAAAUGAGUACCAGUGUCGAUGUAGUUCCGGAGUCUCAUCCCCGCGCGGAAGACAGAAACGAUGGACCAGAGGAAAUACCGUCCAGUCAGCGCAAACACAGUUCAAUGUUUGCCAAACCGGUGAUCUUCGACGUGGAGAACGAAUGGGAUGAUUGCCGCCGGAACUCAAGACGAGACUCUUACAGAACCCGCAACAAUCAGGACAGUAAUGGCGCUGAAUCGAACUACGAUAUCUACCGCAAUGUGAUAGAAAAUGCUUUGAACGUAGCAUUUUUGGCUGCCAACACCAAUCAGCUGCGAUUGCUGACGGAAUACCAACAGGAAGCAACAAGUUACAUGUUUUGUGUUGGAAUGAUUAUUAUGUCACUGAUAAUGCAGAUUCUUGUUAGUGUUUCUAUGAUCACCAUCUCGAUUAGCAACGAAAAACGCUGGAAACGGCUUAAAACCAUUGCUUCGGUUGGUGUCGCCAUUAUUGCUGUGGUUAACAUUGUCGUCCUUACCUUACUAAAUGCGGUGGUAUUCGAAUAACUGGUGUGUACAGAAUCAAAAACCGACAACUGACAAUGGUCUCCAAAAUUACUCACUCGGAAUUGUAAAAACAGUUCAUAUGUGUGACUAAAUAUCUAUUUUGAGCGACUAUAUUUAGCUAUACUAAUCCAUAUUGAGAGUAAAGUAGUCAAAAAUUGUGUAUUUUCCAGUUCCUUGCAGUGUCUCCAUGUUGAUGAUUUACUAUCAAACAAAAUUAGGAUUUUCAACUCUUAGUCAGGGUGUAGUCUAUUUUAUUUUUCCUA